AUGGUGCUCUGCUGGCGGGGUUCUCUGCUGGCGGGGUUCUCUGCUGGCGGGGCUCUCUGCUGGCGGGGUUCUCUGCUGGCGGGGUUCUCUGCUGGUGGGGUUCUCUGCUGGCGGGGUUCUCUGCUGGCGGGAUUCUCUGCUAGUGGGGCUCUGUGCUGGCGGGAUUCUCUGCUGGUGGGGUUCUCUGCUGGUGGGGUUCUGUGCUGGCGGGAUUCUCUGCUGAUGGGGUUCUCUACUGGCGGGAUUCUCUGCUGGCGGGAUUCUCUGCUGGUGGGGUUCUCUGCUGGCGGGGUUCUCUGCUGGCGGGGUUCUCUGCUGGCGAAGUUCUCUGCUGGCAGGGUGCUCUGCUGGCGUCUGGUGCUGGUGCUGGCGUCUGGUGAUGGUGCCUGGUGCUGGCGGCUGGCGCUGGUCCUGGUGGCUGGUGCUGGCGUAACGGCGCUGGUGCCGGUGCUGGUGCUGGUGGCUGGCGCCGGUGCUGGCGCUGGUUCCUGGUGCUGGUGGCUGGCGCUGGGGCUGGUUCCUUGUGCUGGCGGCUGGCGCUGGGGCUGGUUCCUGGUGCUGGCGGCUGGCGCUGGGGCUGGUGCUGCUGAUGGGGUGCGACGGAUGGGACGAGCUGCAGAUGGGCUACAGGCGGGGCGGGAUCUGACAGUGUGCAGGGGACGGGCAGCAGCAGCAAAGGGCGCGCGAGCGCUGGUGCGAUCGCCGCGUUCCGCCGCCACUCCCUUCCUUUCCUCCCUCUCCUCCCCAUGGCGACCGCCGCUGCACACGUAA